AUUCUCACUGCGUUACUGACAGUAUAGGAACAAACAACAACAUUAUGACAUUGAGCCUUGAGGAAGCGCUGUAAUCACUUCAUCUACCCGGAUGUAUUCAGAAGAAGAUGGCUUCUGGACAGAAUCACAGUAUGAAUGAUGCAAAUAGAGGACCAGUUAGCUGUCGUAAAGUGUUUAUCCAGCGAGACUAUUCUGAAGGAACAAAUGUUAAGUUUCAAACAAAGUUUCCACAAGAACUGGAAGGCUUGAUUGACAAACAGACCUUCGAGCAUACUCUCACGACAUUGAAUGCUAUAUAUGCAGAAGCAGAAAAAAUAAGUGGAAGAACUAUAUGUGAGGGUUGUUUUGCCUGUUUAACUGCCUACCUUCUUUAUUUAUGUAUUGAGACACAUUAUGAAAAGUGUUUGAAGAGGAUAGCUGUUUUUAUUGAGGAGCAGAAUGAAUGUGUUUGGAUUCCCCAAGGACUCUUGCUAACAGAUCCUGUUGAACGUGGUCUUAGAGUGGUUGAGAUAUCGAUAUUAAAUGAACCUUCAGGAAGAUCAUGAUGGACAGUGUGGUCAGGUUAUUACUUUGAAAGGUGCCAUGUUAUGGCUCUGGAAAUCUAUGUAGGUACAUUGCUGUUUUCCUCCAGGAAGCCUUACUUGCAGCUGUGUUGUGAAUAAUAUUGUUGAAAUCCAAAAAUUGGCUCAUAAGGAACUUCAGAACUUGUACAUUAUUUGAAUAAUAUUGUUGACAUCCAACACUGGGUUCACAGUCAUCUUCAGAAUGUGUACCUGUUGUAAAUAAUAUUGUUGACAUCCAACACUGGGUUCACAGUCAGCUUCAGAACUUGUAUGUGUUGUAAAUAAUAUUGUUGACAUCCAACACUGGGUUCACAGUCAGCUUCAGAACUUGUGUGAAUAAUAUUGUUGACAUCCAACACUGAGUUGACAGUCAGCUUAAGAACUUGUUUGUGCUGUGAAUAAUAUUGCUGACAUACAACACUGGGUUGAUAGUCAGCUUCAGAACUUGUUUGUGUUGUAAAUGAUAUCGUAAUUAAGAUUGGGUUCAUCGUCUACAUUUGUGUAGCUUAGUUUAUAAACAGAAUGACAAAUAUAAGAAGACUUCAGUUUUACUUGCUUUCAGAGAGAGAGUGCAUGAUAUAUCUCUUUCUAAAGCAGUAGUAGUCCCUGAAUUACUUAAAGAUAAAUUGUAUAAAUGAAACCUCAGUGUGUUUAAUAACUAUUUAAAAUAUAAAGUAAAAACUGCACUGCAGUUAAAAGAAAAAUUAACAUGCAAAUAAUGAGCAUAAUUUGAAAAAGCAAGCUUCAUUGUUUGUAGAGUGAUAACAUAACAUUACCUAUUUGUUUCGUUUUUUAAAUAUUAUCAGAGGAAUGAAUUUCUUUUAAUUAAAACUAGAGAUGUGAUAAUUAAUUAGUGAGAAGUUUAUGUUGAGAGUUUUUAUGAUUUUUCUGUCUGGAUCUUCUUUUUUUAAAAAAUAGGUACUGUAAAAAAUACUAAAAGUCUGUGGUUCAGUUAGGAAAAUAUAUUGGGCAGAAAAAGUUUUUUUUUUUUGGUUUGUUUAUCAGCUUGACUCUAAAGAGUGCAUUUUAAAAUAAAAAUCUUUGGGCAUUGUACAUGAAUGUACAGUAUUUAUUAUGAGAAAUGAAAACUGUAUACAAUUACAUUUAGUUUUGAAAGUUGAGAAAACUGAUACAAACUCGUUCACUUUUUUCCCGCAUUUGUAUUAUUGAACAGUAUUUAUUUUUUAUGCAGAUCUCUACUGAUCAGCAGCUUAUACUUCUCAUGCUAGCUGCUGAUAGUGGACAAAUCGGGUAACAUGAAUACUGAAGUUUUAAGAUUAAUAAGAAAAGUCUGAAGUAGUGCUGUUUCAUCUAUAUGAAUGUUGAAUUGAUUCAUAGAAUUAUAUAACUUUUAUUAACUUGUGUUUUAUACAAAUUGGAGAGAAUGUAUUUUGGGGUUUAGUUCAAAACUGCUGAAGAUUGCAAGUAAUUUCAGUGAUUUUUAAUAUGUAUAUUUUUUGGGUUCCAUCAUGUAUUUCUGUAUGUUGAACAUUAUUUUAGGAACUGAAAUAGGUAGAUUAGUAGGGAUUGUUUGGAAUUCCCAAAACACAAUUUCUUUAACUUGAAAUCAUUUUGAUAUAUCAUCAGAUUUUUCAAAUACUUAAUGUUUGUAGUUAUUUCUGUUAUGUACUAGCAUUAAAAAUUGUUUAUUACUGAUACCAUUUUUGAAUUCUUGAUAUGGAUAUAGCAGUAUGCAAGAAUUUAAUCGUGUACAUUGAAAGGACAAAAAUUUGAUUACCACAGGUUUAUAACGAAAACAAAGCUAUGUAUAUUAACUGUUAGUGCUUUUCGAUAACUACUUCUGCAAAGUAUAAUUUUAAUUUUUUUCUUUACUGCUGUAGAGUAUGUAAAUGGUAUACAAUGAGAGGGUAGACCUAGUCAUUUUUGAGGUUUUGUGGCUUUGUCACACAGCUGAAAGAUUUGUAUUAUAUUAUAUACUUUGUGAGACUAUCUAUCUGGAAAAAACCAUUGAUUGUAUUUCUAUCCCUGUUUCUAUAUUAUGUGCAUUCUAAACUUGUCAUACAAGUCCUGCAUUGUUUUCAUUUACGUGGAGUUAAUUUGUUUUAGUUUUUCUAAAGCUGUUUGCAUUGAAUAUGAAUUUAAUCAUUUUGUUAAUUAAAGAAAUUAGUAUCAGGUUUCAGAAGAAAGGAUUCCCUAAACUUGUGCUAUCCGUAAUACUCUAAUGUUACAUAUUAAAAUAUAUUAAGUGACAGCUAUCAACUUGUGUGUAAGAUUUUCUAUAGAAACAGUGUGUGAAUAUUCUUCCUACAACCAUACGUUUUUUUUCAUACUUAAUGACAGAUUGCAGUGUGAAGUGUGAUUGAAGUGGAUAACGAAUAAUUCUUUUACUCAUUCCUUCUUUGUUUAAGUAUGCUAUUUCUUUGAAUACCUGUUUAUGUGAGAAGGUUUUAUUAACUUUUAUUUAAUAGGAAGUUCAAAUGAACUUAUUUAUAAAAAAAUAUUUUUUAAUUAUUGUCAUGAAGUUACUUCAAAGUCCAUUUUGUUCAAUGUGGUUUGUUUUAAAUCUUCUUUCUGGUUAUAUUUCUCUGUCCCACAUUAUUUUUAGUGAUAUAAAAAAUAUAACAUCCGAGUUUGUAUUGCACUUUAGAUUUAUAGUGAUGAAUUAUUGUUCUUCUAUCUCUUUCCACGAGUAUGGGAAAAUUCCAUAUGAAUGACAGAGAAAUGUAUAUAGUGACAAACUGUAAGUUCAGUAAAACAUUGAAACAGUUUUUCGUGUGUAAACAAACCCAUAAUUACUCAUGUACAGUUUCAACAAUCACUCCUGAUGAAAUACUGUGGGAACAUGUAGAAUUGUAAUUAAAAGUCCUAAUUAAAGUUUGAUUGAAAGAACAUGUUUGUGUUUCAUUGAAAUAAUCGACGUUACGUAUUGUUAAAAAAAUUCAGAAAAUGAAAUUAUAUGGUGUUUAAUCUCCUGUAUUGGCAUCAAUUUGAGACCACUCUGAGAUUAAAAGAUCAUUAAAUACUAGUACUGUCUACUUUCCUAAACUACAUUUAAAACAAAACCAAAUUGUAUAUUUUUGAUGUAAAGAUGAGUUUCAUUUUGUAUGACUUGGGAGAUCUGUAAUAAACUUUAAAGUUUCUAGUCUGAU